CAGUCAUCCAAAGUCAGCGAUUUUUCAUAAGCAAUAAUAUUAAAUGCCAUUCCAUCUUCUCCGUAUAUCGUGUGAUAUGACCCUGUCAGUUUCAAUUCACACUAAUUUAAAUAAUGCUCUUACCUCUGGACUUCACAAAUUCUUGUGUUGGCAGUCAUCAUCGACUCCGGCGCUUGAGAUGUGAAGUGUCUCUGGAGAGGGACAUCAGAUAUCUAGCCAUACAAAUAUCUAUCGUAUGGUCAUCCAUGCACAGAGUGUUUCUGAAGUUGUACGGACACAGGAGUCAGGAGUUUAACAGGGCUACAAAGAAGCGAGAGAAGUCAACAUCGGGUGUUUUAUCUUUGUUGGGACGUUUCCAGCAGGGAUCGGAUAUUUAAUUACUGCCCAAUAGAAAACGAAUUCACUUAAUCAGUAAGUUAACUUUCGGAUACAUCAUUCUUCUAGCAGCAAGCAGAUACCUUAAUUCGUUGGUUUACCCCAGCAUAAAACAUGGUCUGGCCUGCUUUGUUUGAAAGAUAGAAGAAGUUGUUGCUGCCCCUCUUUCUUCUAGUUAACUAACUAUUUAGUCUAUCUCACAUAAACAUCGUCACUACCACGACCACCCAGGAAGCGAAAGGAAAUUCAUAGCAGGAAGGGAAACAGACCACGAAAACACAUUUAUAAAGAGAUAAAAAGUUAAGAAAGCGAAAUAAACAAAUACAAUCAAUAACCACAAUAAAAGAUGGACACCACCCCGCCACUCUCAGAUAUCAAACCCGUGUAUCCCCCCGCCUCAGCCCCCGCCACAGAACCCCCCGCAGCCCAACAAACAAUCAACAUCCUCAACCUCCAAACGCACAUCGAGGGCGGAUACUUCAUCGAAACCGACAGGGACCCUCUCCGCGUCCCAAACCCGUUCCUCAAAGAUACUAAGCCGUACCGUCAUCAACCAGGCCAUGCCACCGCUCAAGCUGUCGGUGACGAUUCCACCCGCUCCGCCAGCACUUCUAUUUUCUACUAUCUCACCCCUGGAAGACCACUAGGUGUCUUCCACAGGAAUCGGUCACGGACUGUGCAUACCUUGCACCGUGGGCGGGGGAGAUAUGUAAUCAUCCAUGCGGGCGAGGUGGAAGAGGGGGGCAAAGCGAGGAUUGAAACUUUUGUGGUGGGGAAGAAUAUUGCGGCUGGUGAAAAGUUACAGUGGAUUGUUGAGGGGGGGAAGUUCAAGGGUAGCUAUCUGCUACCAGAUCAUGAGGCAGGGAAAGAUACAGAGGGAUUGCUGAUUAGCGAGACCGUCGUCCCCGGAUUCGAGUACCAGGAUAACGAUUUCAUGUUGCCUGGGACUUUGGAAGAACUAUUGACGCCUGAACAAGCCAAGGAGUUGGCAUGGAUGGUGAAGAAAGCUUGAAAGCAAAUGGGAAAGGAGAGGGGGAAAACAAUAGAGUUAUGAAAGCUUCAGCAUUAGGAUUGCAGAAAAGAACGAAGAUGUUCAGGUAGACAAAUCGAACGAUAGGCGCAACAGUGAAUAGCAGUUCUAGUAAUGCACUCUAUCUCUUAUCCUCUAAGUGUUUUUUUAUGAAACUGAGUUGAAUUGUUACGUAUAGUAUUCACAUGUCUAUGGAUAGAAAUAGCAAAAUCUAAAUGCCGUAAAAUGUAAUAUACUGUACAUUCAUCCCUCGUGUCCCAGGAUAAUUUAAUUCUUUUUCCUGUUUCAACCAUCAUAGAGGAUCUGAUCCAG